GUCCCGCCGAAGUGCCCUCAGGAAAGAAGCGUUGGGACAGAGGAAACCCUGGAGUCAAGUUUCUCAAACUUGCCUGCCAAAAGAUGGAAAUAAACAAUAGCUAAACCUGCUUCUGGACAUGUUAUCAACACAGCUAUUGCUGAGAUUUGAUUUAUAAAGAAAUAAUGGUUCGACUAACUGUGAAUCUGAUUGCCAAAAAGAGCAAUCUAAAACCUCGAAAAGAAGAAACAAUUGCACAAUGCCUGAAGAAAAUAACUCAUAUAAAUUUUUCAGACAAAAAUAUAGAUGCAGUUGAAGACCUCUCUCUUUGCAAAAAUCUCAGUGUUUUAUAUUUAUAUGAUAAUCAUAUUAGUGAAAUCACUAACUUGAAUUAUGCCACAAAUCUGACCCACCUAUACCUACAGAACAAUUGUAUUCCAUGUAUAGAGAACCUCAGAUCAUUAAAGAAACUGGAAAAACUGUAUUUGGGAGGUAAUUACAUUGCUGUCAUAGAAGGUUUGGAGGGCUUAGAAGAACUAAGAGAGCUUCAUGUUGAGAGUCAGAGGCUUCCCCUUGGAGAAAAGCUUCUGUUUGAUCCAAGAACUCUUCGCUCUUUGGCAAAAUCUCUCUCUAUAUUGAAUAUCAGCAAUAAUAAUAUUGAUGACAUAAAAGAUUUAGAAAUACUAGAGAGUCUUAUUCACCUUAUAGCAGUUGACAACCAACUACUACAUGUGAAGGAUUUAGAGUUUCUACUGAACAAGUUGACAAAGCUAUGGAAAAUGGAUCUAAGUGGAAAUCCAGUUUGUCUCAAACCAAAAUAUAGGGAUAGACUAAUACUGGUGUCCAAAUCACUAGAAUUUCUUGAUGGAAAAGAAAUAAAAAACAUGGAAAGACAAUUCCUAAUGAAUUGGAAAGCAUCCAAAGAUGCCAAAAAAAUCAGCAAGAAAAAGAGCAGUAAUAACGAAGACUCAAGUAACUCUUAGAUAAGUAAGCACACCAUCACUCCUUAGUUUAUGACCUCUGGUGAAAAGAAUUGUUUAAAC